AUGGGCUAUCCAGUGUAUGGAACUUGCGUGGGAAAAGAAUCAAGAAAGGCCAAUGCAGACGACGGCCUGCAAAGUGGACCUCAUGGACCUCUUGGACUGCCGAUCGAGAACGGGGUUGGUGUGCUGAGCGGCAGAACGACGCACGAGCAAAUCGACGAAAGUGCAGAUGAUGCUUUGGCGCCGGCUGGGAACAUCUUGCACAAACGUCUCAUGCAUUGGCGGCUUGAUCCGACCGCGCACCGCUGUGUCUCCCGUACCGCAAGCAAGAGUGAUAAUUGUGAAUGGGAGGAGGAGGAGAUAUCACACACAGCAGCAACGAACCUACGAGGACACGGCAGAGCGAAAGAACAAGGAAAAGAAAAAAGAAAAUAUGACACACGAAAGCUGCCCCUUGGACCCAGUCGCAAGCUGUUCUUGGAUGUUCAGCGGAUUUGCUUUUAG